CACACACACGCGCGAUGCGUUUUUCGAGAGAAACGGGUAACUGUUCGUUUCGAGCCAGUUGUUUAGGAGGACUUCUGUAUAUUUGGCACUAUUCUGGGGGGUGGGAAGAGGAAGAAUGAAAGAGGUCUUCCAACGGAGUGGUCAUAAACAUGAACGGUGCCCUGUACAUUUCGUUUUUCCAAGGUCAGCUGGAAUCCGCACUGGAGCAGGUAGUGCAGCUCGCCGUGCAGGAAAUCACCAAGACUGCUGGGGCCACUUUGAAUUCAAUGUUAUUGGAAACGGCCACCAAAGAGCAGGAAAAUCAGCGUUUGAGGGCGACCAUUCAGUCCCGGGAGCUGGAGCACGGAGGCAAAAGGAAAAGCAAUGCAUCUAAGAGACGAAAAGACACGAACGAUGGAACAAAGCAACACACCCCCAGUCAGAGCACCGAAUGUCGCGUGCAGUCUGAGACGUUCAGGCGUGAACAGAAAGGGCGAGCAGUUGGUCAGUUAAAAGCCGUUAUGGAACAUGUCCUGGAAUUCGCCGUUUGUGAACUGACCAAAAUUGUGGAAGACAACUUUGACGACCUGCUCGUGGAGUUCACCAAGAAAGAGCGGGAAAACCAGAUAUUGAAAGAGCAACUACAGGACAAGAACAUAGUGGAGGACAGUGAGGUGGCUGAUGCGGAAACAGAAGACUGUGAAAACGACUCGGACUCUCCAAGCAGUUCCAAAAUGAAAAGGCAGGAGUCACAAGGCAUGCCAGACCAAUCACCCAAAAAAGCAUGGGAAAAGGAACAGACGGAAACCACCAAUGAAGCAGACAAGCAGACCGUGAUUGCAGUGGCCCAGGACUGGGUACCCAUCCUGGAUAAAGUCUUUGGGCAAAAGUGGUGCAGUGACCUUUUUCAGAUCAAAGAGGUCACCACCAGUAAGGAGGAAUGCUCUGGGCUUGGCUCAGGGUCUAUGAGCGACAUGGACAGCUUAAUUCGGGAGACGCUCAUGCCGUCUUGUCUAGCCUCUCAAAGGAAGCUGGAGCUUGAGAUGGGGCAGCUGCCAUGGUUGCAGGCAAAAGAUAUGGAGGUUGUUUCUCUUUCCUCGGACACUAAAGGCAUUCCUGUUGUCAGUUCCACAGGCGAUGAUUCUAAUAUCAGAUCCCCAUCAAUGUUACAAAGACUCUUGACUCUACCGUACCAGUUGCUUGAGGAUGAUGAAGAGUCCAUGGAUGCUGUUCCAAGUCUGGAAGUGUGCCUGGAUCCGUCUGAUUCACAAGUCAGCAAAGGAUCAAAGAGUGAUCAGAUCUCAGCAAAUAAGAAAAAAGAACAGGAGAACCUGAAAGAGGAAGAGGAAGAUGAGGAAGACGAGACAAGAACUCACGAAUUAGACAGGCGUGAAUCCUUGAAACACAAAAGCAGGAGGAAGUCCCAUGCUUGCAAAAAGUGUGACAGGAUGUUCAGCCGCGUGCAUCUUCUCAGAGCCCACCAGCAAACGCAUGAGGAGACACCCAACCGAUGCCAAGAGUGUGGAAAGAUUUUCUCCCAGUCGUCAAAGCUCCAAGCGCACUUACGGACGCACACAGGCAAAACAAUAUGACGAAAUGUAGAUGGGGGGGUGGUUCAAAAGGAAAAUUAUGAAUGGAACAGGGAUGGAUAUAUUUUUCCCAGUAUUUGUUGUUUCUCUGAGUGGGUUAGCAUUAGAUCAUUAGCAGAAUUCGAUUCAGGGCUGUCAGAUUUGUUUCGAAUUCAGAAUUUGAUCACAUUUUAGCCCUAAUUUGAAGGUACUCUGAGAUAAAAGAAAAAAGGAUUUAUCAUCCUUCAAUCCCAAUAAUUACCAGCUGUGUGUAGGCAGUGUAAAUAAUUGAAUAGGGUGGUGUAGACCAUCACAACAAGAAGUGAAGUAUUUCUUUCACUUUAGGCGAAUGAGUUUUCACAAUACAAAUUUUAAAAGAUUUUGAAAUGUAAAUAUUUCAAAAGCGAUGAUUAAAAGUGAAUGUGAAGUACAACAAUCCUAGACUGUAGCCUAGAAGUCCUAAAGGGAAAGAUAAAGGAGUGUGUAGCAAAGAGUAGCGAUAGAUGAUGCUUGAGCUCUUCGUGGAUCCCUUGCAGCAUGUUGGUCUUGUAUUUCUUUGUACAAACUUCUGAAUGUGAUAAAAAAUAAACCAGAAAUUAUAGAAUGUUUCUCUUGCGAUCAAAUUUACCAUCACUGACUGAGUACUUAACACGAAAUACCUCUUCAUAAUAUACUUUUAGAUGUCAUACUGGAUUGUUUUUAAAAAAUUAAGAUGUCGAACCAAUUCUUGAAGUUCUUCUGAACCUCGUAUCAAGCAAAAAAGAUGUUACAGGGUGGCUUACAGCUUUUGACUUGAACUUGCACAGUUAAUAUGAAUCAUUGUAUGAAGUAAACAGCCAAUAAGAUAUCUUCAAGAGGUAAGGAUUGUGUGGAUGAACCAUUAAGGAACGAGAACACCUCCGUAAAUGUUUUGACUUUAAGUUAUUACCUUGUGACGAGAACUUUACAUUGGUUAUUGGAAAGAAACUCAAAUUCCAAAUUAUUCCGAACCGUUCCAAAUGAUUGCCCCCAUUCGUCUCCCCUUUGUGUUCUUGUUUUAAUGACUGUAGAAGGGGCUUAAUAGUUGGGGAUUGGAGAUCACAAACUUUUUCUAGAUUCCCCACCAGUAUCCUGGAGUAUCGUCUUCCUUGUGUGUAGUGUUUUAUUGGAUAUACAAAG